UCUUGAAGAUCAGCCACACCCCACCAUCCCCCAAGGUGAACAUUUCAGUCGUCUUCCACUCCUGUACGUGGCUACCUCGCCCUGCUCGCUCCUCGUUACUGAAAUCUCUCUUACAUCUGAAAUUUUGCGACAGUAGGCUGUAACUAAGAGAGAAUUUUCACUGGUACGAGAGGUGAAAUGCUGGACCUAGUGGUGUACUUAGUGUCGUGGUUUGUGGUGCCGCCGUGGAGCCUGGUGGGGUGGGCGUCUCUAGGGGCACUGGUGUGGGGCAUCAACAGGUUCCGCUACCCCUGGUGGCGCUCUCCACAGUCCAUGGAUGGCAAGACCGUCGUCAUCACUGGCGCCAAUAAAGGCAUCGGGUUGGAGACGGCUCGGGACCUUGUUGGUCGUGGCGCCACCGUCAUCCUCGCCUGCAGGAGCACCACCAGGGCCCACGCUGCUAGAGAUGAUAUUAUGAGUGGAGGGUGGCGAGGGAAGGUGGAGGUGGCUCAGCUGGACGUCUCCUCCAUGGCCUCCGUCAGGCAGUUUGCCAAGAACCUGCAUGAACGCAAGGUGGAUGUUCUGAUCAACAACGCUGCAGUGGCUGACCUUCCUCAGCAGCUGACUAGUGACGGCCACGAGCUGACCAUCGCAACCAACCAUCUUGGACACUUCCUGCUCACACACCUGCUGAUGCAGAACCUUAAGGAGGCAGGCGGCCGUGUGGUGACCGUUACCUCAAUAGGUCACAUCUGGGUCAAGGACGUCAAAGGCUUGGACUUGGACGGUGACCUCAAAUUUCAGUUGGAUAGGCCACUGGGCACGCUGGAGAUCUACGGUGCUUCUAAGGCCAUGAAUAUUCUCUUUACGAAGGAACUUGACAGGAAACUUAGUGGAACAGCAGGAGUGACAGCCAACUGCCUCCACCCUGGGGUAGUCAACACUGACAUCUUCAAGGUUUUCACGUCACGGGUCUGGUAUGGUCUCUUCGUCAAACUCUUCGUUCGAACAUAUGCCAAGAGCAGCACUGAAGGCGCCCAGACAAGUAUAAUGUUGGCGGCGUCAGAUGAACUGAAGAACGUAUCUGGCCAGUACUUCCAAGACUGCAAGAUUGCCGAGUGUUCUUCGUUGGUAAAGGACGAAGGUGUGGCCAAGAAGCUGUGGGAGAUCAGUGAACGUCUGGUCCAGUUACAGCCUCAUGAACGAACAUUAUAACUGCAGGACAGAAACCCGCACACCCUGCCAUCUCAUAUAGGUUUAACACUUAAAAAGAGCCCAAACUACCGCCGUAAUUUAAUUUUACACAACCUAUUAAAACCAAAAUAGGCGCGAGAUUAUUGAAUUGUUUCAAAUAUUAAGAGUACUCUCCUAAUUGUUCUUGUGGGGAGGGGGAGCUACGGCCCCCAACUUUUGUACAUCGAGCUCUUAUCUAUAUUUGAAACUGCAUGCUAAUUAAAUACAGUUAAAGUCUACUGAAGCUAAAGAUAAUUUUAAACAUCGUAAAGUUGACAAUACUAGCAAUUUAAGUUAUAAUGGGAAACUCCUUGUUAUAAAUGCUCUAGUCGAGAAGGUACAAUGUAAAAUUAUGGUACUGCACGGUCCCUUUUUACAUUUGCGGGGUACAGACUAACCUUUCGUACUAUCGCAGCUGUUGCUGGAUAUAAGAGAGAUUUAGUUUUGCUAGAUAUGCUCAAAGGCAAAGUGAAAGUACUGUCCAAUAAAUUAGCCCUUAAAAGUAAAGAAGGCUUCAAUACAUGUUAUGUAAUAUAUUUUAAUUACCUUGUUAUAUGGCAAUUGCAACUAGUAGCUUUGUUUUCUUUCCAAUUGCUACCGAUAAUAGAUUUGUUUCCAAAUA